AUGUCGUGCGGACUAAUAUAUGGCACUAUAUUUCACCAGGCAACGUUACUUCGCGGAGCGGAAAGUGUGAUUAUCGGAUAUACAAAACACAGCGUGGCUCAGGAUGGAUUGCCUCUGUCAGCUUCAACUGAUUUUGACGACAGACCAGGAUUCAGGGAAAGUCAACGACUGGCUAAAGUAUUAUCAAAGAAUUUGGAACGAUUUUCAGAUAGAUGUACACUGGUGACUGAAGAAAAUUUUGAUAUACACUAUAUCACAUCUCUUGGACUGUGCUUCAUGACAGUGUGUGAGGGAAGCUACCCAUCUGUACUUGCAUUCAGCUUCUUGGAAGAAAUACAACGGGAGUUUAUAAUGACGUAUGAUCAUACUGAAGUACAGACUCUUGUCAGACCAUACACUUAUAUUGAUUUUGAUUCAUUCAUGCAAAAAACCAAGCAGAAAUACAGCAACCCACAUUCCAUGGUCACCAGACUCAACUUAAAUGACAUGAACACUGAGAUCAAACUAAGACCUCCUUAUAAGAUACAGAUGGUAGAUAUGUGGCCAUUAUUACAAAAUGGAAUGUCACCUCAGCCAACCACCAACUAUGGUGCAGUUCUUCCCAAUAGAGGUCAGCCAAGUCAGAACACAAGCAGAAUGAGUGCCUUACAGAGAGUUGUACCAGUAGACUGGUUAGGAGCAAUGUCCAUUGUACUUUCCUUACUCUGCACAGCCUUGAAUCUUGUCAGAGGUCUAGGGGUUAUUAACCAAGGAUACAUGGAGUAUGUGGAGGCCAGUGGAUUCAGCUUUGGUCUAUGCUUUAUACUUGCCAGUGUAGCGUGUGUAGUUCAGAUCUACAUUUUAGUUUACAAACCAAUAAAAUACCCACUACAGAAGAAUAUUGGAACAUUUGUGGUGCUAGUGCUGUGCAAUCUCUAUGUAUGGGGACUCCGCAAUAUCUGGCAGAUAUUAUUUCAUAUUGCUGUUGCUGGACUUUCCUUAUUUUAUGCAACAAAACAUAGGCCUGAACAAAAACUUCCUGGAUACAAUGUUUGAGACAGCCAGGGUUACAUUUCCUGUGAUAUUCAAAUGUCCUCCAUAUCAUCUGCAUUUUAAAACUGCUUAUACAUGUAUUUUAUUGAAUUUUAAAUCAAAAUGAUUUUGUUGGCCUUUUUAUUGCUAUUUGGAAUUAAGAUUUUUACAACACUGUCUCAAUACUUGUUUCCGUAAGAGACUGAAGUGAAAGUAAAUGAUUCCUGACAAUUAUAUGUAACUUAUUGUUGAUAUUUUCCAUUGAAAAACAGGUGUAUUUUUAGUAGUUGUAUCUGAGACAUCACAGUCUGAAACUAUUUAAAGAGGCUUGCCUAGAGCCAGUACAAUUAUUUUCUACUGAGGGGCUUUAGUGAAUUUAAGCCCCAUUUUUAACAUAAUUUAUAAAUACAAUUCAAAAAACAGGUUCUAUUAUUUUACGUAUUCUUUCAAAGUUAUUUUGAAAAAUGAUUCAAGUAGAAUACUGCUGUUUACACCGUUUACACUGUAUAAAUUUUAAAGUACACCUUUUAAGUGGAUCAAUAUAUUUUGAGGUACCAAAUGCUUACUUGUAUUCUCUACUGCUCAGAAAAAGCCACCAUGUGUAUCACCAAUUAUAUACAAGUACAUGUAGCACUGUCACAGAAAGAAAGACUGAAAUCAGCUCAAUUCUAUAUUUUCAUUGCUGAUUGGC